AAUACAUCUCUAAUUCCUUACUUACUAUACCAAAUGAGAUGAGAAAAUCAGUAAACCAGCAUUUCUUCAACUCAUAUUGAAAUGUAUAUAUGGAUCAGAUAAAAUCUAAUCGGGACUUAUCAUAUACAGAAAGUGGUUAUGUAAAACAGGUGGUUGGUGAACCUUUACAUCAUGGUUUAUGUUCCCUAUUGUUAUAUCAACCAUUCGAUCCAAUUGAUUUUUUAGCCAAUUAUCUACGCUAUUGGGUGAAGUAUGUAAGAGACUAUAGAAGAAGAAAAAUUGCUGAAAUGCAAGUUGAACAUCUAUUAGAAGUACAAUUACCUUGGGUUGUUAGUGUAAUUGCUGAACAAGCAAAACGUCUUGAACAAGAUUAUUUAGAUAAUGCUCGUAAAAUAGCCGCUGAAGAAGCUCAUAAAGCAGCGCUUGAAAGAGAACGAAUCAAAGCAGCUACAGACGCAACAACACUUAAAGCUAUUAAUACUAUUCGUAUUGAAGAGAUAGAAUCAAUUAUUUUGAAAACAAUCAGCACUGCUGAAGACUAUGCACUGAAAAAGUACGAAGAAGCUGAAAAGGCUAGAAAAUGCGAAGAAGAAAAGGCAAGGCAACGAGUAUUAGAAGAAGACGAAGUAGAAGGCGAAGACGCUGAAGAUGAUGGAGAAGAAGAUGAUUAUCAAUCAGUAAAAGAUACAAAACAGCGAAUAGAUUGAAUAAACUACGAAACAUGCCCAUUGAGUCCUGUGGAAAGAAACAGCAGAUAAUUCAGCGAAGAAAAUUUUCUUUUUCGACGACAUCAUUUUCUGUACAAUCGUAUUUAUAUGUAUAUCAUAAACAUAUAAACAGUCUAUUAUAAAACAAUAGGAUAUAAUUACAUCAUUAACCUAGUGGUAAAAACAACCCCGAAUCAAGAAUGCAAAGUAGUUGCGUAGUAAACUAAGACAGUAGAAAUAUCGAAGAAGGCAAGGAGUU